AUGGAGAAUGAUCCACAGACGAUCGGCUUUCCUUUUCAGGAGCCAGAACCGAUACGAUUGAAAAAGAAGGUGCAGAAGCGUCCAAAGAUCGGAAGAGCAGCGAAAGCCAGAACUAUAGCAGCAUCUGCAUCUGGUUUUGACUCAGCAGUUCUUACACCUGACAUGGUUGAUAUCAUUCAAAAGGCUCCAGGCACUGGGGAUGGAGAACCGGUUUCUCAGGAUGUUGUUGGCGGCACCGACGAGGACGAGGGCACUGCAAGCGACCGGAUGUUGGUGGCGAACCACGAUGGUUGUUUUUACGCUUACUGUUAUGAAGGAUCCAACAUGGGAAACGCACUCGAUCUAGCCGAUCAGUUCCACAACGCGCAUUUCCAGCCUGAUGUGUGCUCGAUUCUUACUCAUUUUGUAUUGAAGGUCACCCAGCCGAUUUAUUUUUAUUUUGUAGUGGUUCGCACUCUGUGUCGCCUUGCAGCGGCUGGCACAUUUGAGAAUAUGAGCCGCGCAGAUGCCAUAAAUGAGUGGAAUGAUUUUGUGAGCAAAUCGCGAUGGAUGUUCCGUGGAGUGUACAUGCCCCUGGUUGUGAAUUCCAGCGUGCUGGCAUACAUCCUUGCGGGCAAAGAUCGGGAACAAGUCUCCCUGACAGAGGUGUUUUUGCCUUUUGCCUUCAGUGCUGCAUCCCUAUUGGCUUCCUCUGCACAAUUCAAUCUGGUUUCGCAUGAAGCCGCGGACGUUGAUCAUUUGGCAGUGGGUCAACGGCUGCGGGAGCUUCCUCUGAACGAGGAGCUCCUCUUCAAGCUGACUCAGAUGAGGCUUGAAAGCUUUGUAGGUUUUGCAUCUGACCACACAUGUUCCGCAAUCCGAAGGAAGUUGGUCAGGGACCACGAUCCGGAAGUGGUUCGUGAAGUAGACUUGCUUUGCAGACUUUACCGCAAGAUCAACGUUGCCGCGCAUGAGUCGCUCUUGCGGCACUUCUCACGCAUGCGCAUGUGCGAGCCCUGGAUCCUCAAUGAUGGAGCCAAGAGGGCGGCACCAUUGGACUUUUGGAACCAGUUUACUUCCGCAUACCGCAAAAAUUUUCGCGACGGUGCUUUGCCUUUGGAUGUGAUGGCAGAGCAGUUUCUUAUUGGUUGGCCGUCACAGGCGGGCAUGCUGGACAAAGUCGCGAUAGGAACCAGAUACCUUCUCCACAUUGCCGCUCUCGUUUUGGCUUGCGUUGCAGCACUUGCACCUGAUUUUGUGCGAGAUCGCGAGAUAAACUUCCGCCUGCCUGAUAACGGCUGGUGUCAAGCUGUGUCGGUCAUAUUCACAUUCUACGCAUUCAGCUUCCAAAUUACUUUGUUCUAUGUAGUCCCAUGGCGAAUGAUGUCGUUGAUGACCGAUAUGGCCAAUGCCUACAGGAUUUUCGAGUCGAUGCUGAUGGGCCCAAAGGCUUCUUCUGAACAAGGAGUUCCUUGCGUCGGCGUGGGCAACGUGAAAGACAUGGCAGCGUGGUAUGAGCUCUACAGCUUCUUCAUUGCCAGCACGCAGCGCCGAAAGUUUGUGGCGGAGGUUGGUCUGGCAGUCAAUGUUUUCAUAGUUUUUACAAUGGCAGGAAUGCUUGUUUGGUACACAAUGGAUCCCAACUGGAAGCCUGGAGUGUUUUUCUGUGAGACCCUUGUUGUUCUGAUUUCAUUCCUUUUGUUUUCGUUGCCCCCACUUCUCGUCGGCCUCCGGGCCAAUAUGUUGAGACGACGCACAGUGGAUCUAUUAUGGGGCCACGCGACGGAGUCGCGCGCAUAUCUGCUGUGCAUACAAGGCAAGCCGGAGCAGGCCUCACGUGUAGAGGAGCUCCGUGACGCCAUCGGUUUGACCGAGUCGAUUGCGCAGAGGCUGCGUUUAGAUGCGGCUCUGGUGUUGAGGAUCGCUGGUGUGGAACUCACUGUUGCGCAAUUUACGGCAAUCGCAUCACUGAUGUCCACAGCGGCGGCUUUUGCUUUGAGGUAUGUAGAUUGGCAGCGGAUUCUGCAGAAGAUGACAAUCCUUGGUGAGUGA